CGCCGGAGUUCCGGGGGGGGGGAGAAGGUGUGGGGCGUGUCCAGGCGGCGGGGAGACCUAGGUCAAGCUCUACGUCGCCGCGCCGUCGUCUCUCACGGGCCGGACGUGACGCAGGGAGAGUUCCGGCUUCGGCCUCUGCCGCUGCGGCCGCUACUUCAGCCGCCGCCGCUACCGCCGCCGCCACCGCCGCCGCUGCCGUCGUCGGGGCUAGUUCUUCCUAAAAUGGCGCCCCUCGACUUGGACAAGUAUGUGGAGAUAGCGCGGCUGUGCAAGUACCUUCCGGAGAACGACUUGAAGCGGCUAUGUGACUAUGUCUGUGACCUCCUCUUGGAAGAAUCAAAUGUUCAGCCAGUAUCAACACCAGUAACAGUGUGUGGAGACAUACACGGACAGUUUUAUGACCUUUGUGAACUAUUCAGAACUGGAGGUCAAGUUCCUGACACAAACUACAUAUUUAUGGGUGAUUUUGUAGACAGAGGUUACUAUAGUUUGGAGACCUUCACUUAUCUUCUUGCACUAAAGGCUAAAUGGCCUGAUCGUAUUACACUUUUGCGAGGAAAUCAUGAGAGUAGACAGAUAACACAGGUUUAUGGAUUUUAUGAUGAGUGCCAAACCAAAUAUGGAAAUGCUAAUGCCUGGAGAUACUGUACCAAAGUUUUUGACAUGCUCACAGUAGCAGCUUUAAUAGAUGAGCAGAUUUUGUGUGUUCAUGGUGGUUUAUCUCCUGAUAUCAAAACACUGGAUCAAAUUCGAACCAUUGAACGGAAUCAGGAAAUUCCUCAUAAAGGAGCAUUUUGUGACCUGGUUUGGUCAGAUCCUGAAGAUGUGGAUACUUGGGCUAUCAGUCCCCGAGGAGCAGGUUGGCUUUUUGGCGCAAAGGUCACAAAUGAGUUUGUUCAUAUCAACAACUUAAAACUCAUCUGCAGAGCACACCAACUAGUGCACGAAGGCUAUAAGUUUAUGUUUGAUGAGAAGUUGGUAACAGUAUGGUCUGCACCUAAUUACUGCUAUCGUUGUGGAAAUAUUGCUUCAAUAAUGGUCUUCAAAGAUGUAAAUACAAGAGAACCAAAGUUAUUCCGGGCAGUUCCAGAUUCAGAACGUGUUAUUCCUCCCAGAACGACGACGCCGUAUUUCCUUUGAGGCCUGCGCCCAUCCUGCUGACCGGUCACAUUUUCUGCCCUCUUCUUACCCCAACUUUCGUGUAUUACCCUCUAUAAUAUACUUUUUAUUGAGCACUUUGCUGCUGAAAUGCUGCCUCUUGCCUUUUUUUAUUUUAAAUUAUCUAAAUUUAUUGUUUGUUAUGGUGUCUAUAACAAUGUUUUCCUAUCAGUUUUCUCCCCCAUCCCAUCCCCACCUUGGACUCAUCUGAGAAGACUUGAGAAAUGUCUUAAUACUCAUACUGCUGCAUGUAGCUCUUGCUUAUUUACUGGUCUGGGGGAAACAAGAUGUGUUUCCUUUUUAAAAAAGCCAAUUGACAGAACAGACUACACUGAAAUACUCCUUUUGUAUCAUUCAGCCUUUUGUUUUAGUUUGGUAAGUUUUAAGAAAUUUCAGCAGCAAAGUUGUUAUCCAGUGGGCACGAUGGACUGCAAAUGCCUCGAGUUAUGUAUACUUGUCCCAGCUGUAAACUUCAUUGUCCUUUGUUGGAUAUUUUAAGUGGAUAUAAAAUAAAUUGGUCUAAAGGGCUGCCCUCGUUGUGUUUUUAAAUUUGAGUUAAAAACUGCUACAGCUUAUGAUUUUGUACAUUAAGAUAAUUGUAUUGAUCUUUUUUCAGAUUCCUUGUAUUUUUAAAUAAAGUAAUCUUAAAUAAAACCCAGAUAGGUUAAAAGUGUUAGAAAUUUUAAACAGCUUACAUUGUUAGCUUAAAAUUACUCUUUUUUUUUUUUUUUUUUCCUAGUCAGAGUUCUUGACCCUUUGGUUAUUGAGUUUAAAACUUCAACUGAAAUUCAGUACUAUUUAUUUAAGAAAAAAAUCACUAAACUGUGCCUAAGAACAUAACUGCCAUAUUAAUUAAUGUUUUGGUUUAUAUCCUCUAUAGUAAUAGAAAAACAUUUAAUACUUGUAAUGCUGAUAUGUUCAUUUGAUACCACUUGAGUAAAAUGUGAUCAAUCCAGUUUACAAUCUAUCAUGAGUAUUAUGAAGUAAUAUCUAUGUACUUUUCAAUAGGAAUCAUUUUCUUGCUGUAACACUUGACCUUAACUUUUAGAAAGUGUUCUUUUU